UACAGGAAGGAUUCACUUGGAUCGACUAUGCUACACAAAAGAGCAUAUCGAGUACCACAGUAACUACGACAUAUCGAACAAAGCGUUGACAUUCGAGCGCGAAUUUCACAUUUUACGGACUAUAAUCGGCAUUUGGAAGAGAUGACAGACCAAGUUCAAAUGCUAUUACUAAGUAGUCUGCGAAAUACGAUCAGUGAAGAGAAUGUCGACCUCGUAGCAAGGCACCAUGGCUUACUCGAAGACGUACGAAAUCUGCAAAAUGAUCAGAAUGAAGAUUUAACAAUGGCUACGGAGACUGCAUUUUUUUUGAAAAAGGUGCUCAAGCUGUCGGACUUGAUAGUUGCUAUGAAGGCAUUCAACCACAGCUAUGCAUCGCAACUUGAAGUAAUUGAAACAAAGCUGCAACGUCUAUCGACCCUCGUGGAGCAGGAUAAGUGUCUGAACGCUGGUGGUAAAUUUGAAUGGGUGGAUAGUAUGUUGGUGAAAUCUUUACAAGAAGGAUCUUGGCUGCUGAUUGAUCAGAUCAACUUAUGCAGUCCUGCAGUAUUGGACAGGCUUAAUGGACUCCUGGAACCUAAUGGAGUACUGACCAUAGGAGAGCGAGGUGUGGAUGAAGAAGGCAAUGUCAUCGUCGUCAAGCCACACAAUAAUUUCAGGCUAUUUUUGGCAAUGGAUCCACGCUAUGGUGAAAUAUCAAGAGCUAUGCGUAACCGGGGAGUCGAAAUUUAUAUCCUUGGAGAACAAGAAGGCCUGGAGACUGAUGUUAUUGAUCUUAGAUCAUUGCUACAUAAUUCCAAGCUUACCAGGAGCAGCCAACAAAUGGCGCUACUCAGAAUUCAUGACGAGGUCUUACAGAAUGCUCAGUCUGGUCAAAAGCCAAGUGUUGCUCACUUGUUGCAUGCAGCAUUUCUGAUACAUCAACAAAUAUCUAGGGGAUCUUCAAUCCCACAAGCUGUCGAGUCUGCCUGUAUUGAUGUUUAUCUCAGGUCAAGGUUUGUAAAUCACCUACCAACAAGAGAUCGUUUGAUUUCAAUCAUUAAAGAAAAUACGAGCCAACUACUUUGCACGAAUGAUGACCAAGAAUUCAUCGAUUGGAGCUCUGUUACCUGGAAGACAAAUGAAUUACAAAAAAACUGCCAACUAGCCCUUAUCAGACAGCAGGGAGCGAUACUGUCAGCUAUUAUCAAGAAACAUCAGUCAUUUACACCAUCUGCUCAAAGUAAUGGUCAUCCUAAAUUAACGACCAGUUUUUUGAAUGAUAUUCUCGAAAUAACAAGCCGAGAAUUUACUUUGGACAUUGAUAUAAAUGAAAUUAUGCCGUAUCUAUUGUUACACUUCUACCAAAUGUCUUCGCUAGAGGAUUGGAGACUGAGAUAUUUAUGGCUUUCAAAAAUACUGUCACCUGAUAACGAUUUGCUAGACUUGAGUCGCAAAAACUCUGAACUAGCCAACGAGAUUUCAAAAUUCGAAUUCAGUUACACAACUACUAACUUACCUUGGCAUCCAGAAUACUCACCAGGAAUCGUGGGGAAUGAAUUACGUCAGAAAAACCUAAAUGACAGUAACAGGUUGAUGAUAAUAUUAUACAUGUGCGCCCUAAGUUUGAUGGAGGCUAAUUUGUUGAAAGAGCAAACGCUGUCGAAAGAUCAAACAUUGAUUUCAAUUCAGCAAUAUUCUAACUACGUAUAUCAUGGAAAAUUGACAGCAAGCUUUACCAAACAUCCACUGGUAUUGAAUUUCGUUACAUUUCUUACUCAAUUGGAUAAAUGUAUCAAUCUUGCACUCCGAGAUGAUUCAGUGAUUGUGGACACUGUCAAUUGUAUCUAUAUAAAGAAGAACCUGAAGUGGCGAACGCGAUUCUACAAUUUGGGGAAUCUCACAUUGAUAAACAAACUGCAAAACUCUAAGCACAAUAAUAACCAGCUAGAAGAAGUAUCACUGCUACUGCGAGUUCACUAUAAAUGGUUGAUCAAAUUUUUUGUCAAGCUUUUUAAAACCUGCAAUGAAUUUGCACUAGAUCAAGAAUGCCGAAUUGCCAUCAAAGUACUCUUUGCUAUGAUUGACGACAUGAAUAAAUCAUUAUCAACAGCGAACGAUCCCUUAAGAGUAAUAUCAAAACAAGUACAGAAAUUCUUGAGUCUUCCGACACCAUAUGCGUCGCAGAUAGUAGUUAAUAUGUAUCCAAGAUUAAGGCAAGUGUCUGAUGUUCACUGUGUUACAAAAGACAAAGGCGCACCUAGAUUAAAGCAAGAUUUGCAAUUAACCAUACUACAAAACUCUGAAUUUUUGGAAACAAGAUUCAAAUUGGUUAGUUGGUGGCAGGAGAUAUAUUGUACAUCAGAUUUAAACGAAAAAAUUCCAUCGAGUCUCACAGAGAUAGAAAGAUCUUACGAAGAUGAACACAUUGCUUUAAGAACGCCUACUGAAACCGCAGAUGUGCUAAGUAAAGUGCGAACAAUCUGUGAUAAAGAGAUGAUACUUAGAUCAGCAGAAGUACAGCUGUGGCCCAUCUAUGAAUAUAUAUUUUCAAUAAUUGCACACAAUGUUCAAAGAAGAGUUUGCUGCAAAUUGUCGAAUGAUUCUAUUGACACAAUGAUCUCGAUAAAUCUCUUAACCAUGUUUGUAAAAAUUCCUACCAUUCCAGUAAACGUACUCGCUAUUUUAAACGCUGUGAUAUCAAAACUUGACCAUCCCUCAGAAGCAUCAAAAUUAUUACCAGAAGUAUUUCUUCGACUUUCCAAACACACUGAAAAUUCUUGCGCAGUCAAAAAUCCUGGAAAAAUGUUACACUGGCAGAGGAUUAAAGAUGAAGAUGUUGAACACAGGAAUUUGGAUGAAGAAAUUGAGGUGGAGUAUCCAAUGUACGGGGCAUCAUUAGUUAGCUUGGUAUCAGAGUUAAUAUUGGAGAAGUCGGAGAACAGCAAAAACGAAUCUAUUCUUUCAAUAGCAAUGCUUGGAUCAUAUAGAGCAAGAAAUAACCAAUUAAAAAUAGUAAAUGAAAUCUUAUGGAAGAAUGCGGUAACAUUUAAUGCGAUAGAAUAUCAGUACAAAUGGAACGAUUUUGGCACACUAGAGUCAUAUUUAGAUACGUACUUGACAGCUGUAGCAAAAGCAGAAGCUGAACUUGGCGUACCCUGUGUUGAUAUGCGAAAUGUGAAUUUUGAAUCGAUGCGUGAUCCAGUAUACGAAUAUCACCAUUCACUAGAUGAUUUACGUCGUUUCGCAAUGAGGUUGAAGACCAAGGAAAUAUCAGAAAAUGAUAUUGAAGAAGUAGGAGUUAUGUGGGCAUUGUUAGGGUAUGUUCAAGUUUGUGUAUUCAGCAACUUGGGUUACAUUGAUCCAGUACACAAAGUUGGACUUAAACUUAAAUACAUUAAAGAAGACAUAAUUGACUGUCAGAAGACACUGUAUAUCGCUGAGUUGCAGGCGAGACUCAUAGGAGAUUGCGUAGGAAGUCAAAAUAUGCACCCCGACAUCCGAGAAAUAGCAAGUUAUAUGAGAAACCUGUUGAUUGAAGAAGCCAAUCUAAAAACCUACAACGCGAUUAGACCACCGUCAUCCGAAUUUGUUAAUUUAACGAGAGAAAUCGCUGACUUUAGAAACAGUCUGGGUUCUUACACCAUACUUCAAAAGCACUUGAACAAAUUAACUAGUCUCGUAGAACAAUUUCAUGAAAAUCGAACUACGAUUAACGUGAAGCUUGUUCAAAAUGUCAUAAGAGAAGUAGAAAUGUGGCAGGAUUCUGUCAACAGAUUUUCCGAUGAUAUGGAGCAUAGAUUUCUGCCUGGAUAUCCUGACCUAGUGCUACCUCUACUUUCUGCAGUGGCUCAGAUGAAGCAUGGAAUAAAUAUUUUGGUUGAAAAUAUUAAGAAAAUUAGUAGCAUCUUUAAGGUUAGUUGUAAGGAAUAUAAAAUAGAGUCGUUUAUGAGUAAUUUGGUACAAUUUCCAACUAUUGGUAAUGAUCAAGAGGAUCUUCUUGUCUUGGUAGAUUUAUUACCAAGUGAAAUAACGAAAGAAAUUAUCUGCAAAAAUAUCCGUACCGAGAACAAACUUUCCUGUAAACGAGAAAUCUUUAGGAUGAUUAAAUGUAGCUUGUGUGAGUUGCGUAAUUAUAUCGUGUUGAAUGGAAAUUUAUCAAAUUCCUUGUGGUCGAGGUUCAACUCCUUGCUUCAACAAGUUGUACUUACCUGGCAGCAGCAGGAAAAGGAAAAAGAGGAAAAACAAAUACGAGAAGAUGGCUUGUUCAAAAAUAAAUGCCUCACAAAGGGCGAAUCCUUGACUGAAGAUGAAGAGAUUACGAUAGAGUUGCACAAGUUAUUCCCUAGAUACCAUGAAGUAGAUUUUGGAAACAUUGAAACUGAUGAAAAUCCAUCAUUGGAGAAAAAUUUCUGCCAAACAGAACGAGAAGAAGAUGAAACUUAUAAUGGGCUCAUUACGCAAGAAGAUAUUCAACAUAUUAAUGAAUUACAUGCUACUGUGGUUCAGUCAUUUACCUCUUGUUAUUGGCUAGAAAAUAAUUCAAAUUCGUACCGAGUUGAGUACAUUGGUCCCCUUAUGCAGAGGUACAAAACAUUUGGUUUGUUACUAGACAACACCCGAUCUGGCUUAACGAAUGCUUUGACUACAAAGUUAUAUACUAGCUUGAAUUUUCUUGUUACGGCAACAGCAGCUAUCAGUCAAGGGGACGAUAGCGAUUUGUUUGGCAAUACUCAUGGCGGGACUAAAAACUCUAAAUCCUAUGAUUUUUAUAAAGAUAGUAACGUGAAGGAAGCUAAAGAAUGCUUACCUAUUCUGGAACAUAUCGUAGAUCGAGUUAGAAGUUUAUUAAUCGAGUGGCCAGAACAUCCGUCGCUAAAAGCAAUCGACACUAUUAUACAACGGAUAUACAGUUUUCCUAUAACAUCUUCGCUGUCUAGAUUUUUGACAGGACUGGAGCUUUUGCUGGUGAAAAUGCAAGAAUGGGAACAAAAUGCUCACAGUGCAGUUAGCCUGACUGAGUACUCGAUGGUACUAACACAGCAGAUUAUUUCUUGGAGACGAUUAGAGUUAUCUUGCUGGAUGGACUGCCUGAACGUCACAUUCGAAAGAUCCAAAAUGCAGGCAUCUAAAUGGUGGUUCUUUAUCUACGCUUUAAUUGAAGGAUACUUGACUGAAACCCAGGAUGCAACCGGGGAUCCAGAACAGGUUACCAAAGGGAAAUUGAUAGAAUCGUUGCACUUAUUUAUGAACACAUCUACCUUAGGCGAAUAUUCAUCUCGUCUCAACUUACUUUUCACGUUUCAUUGUCACAUAUGUCAUAUGGCAUCAAACGAGAGAAGGGAUAAACUUCUCUCAAUUUUCUGGAAUUUUUAUAAAUAUUACGAACAGUUCACGGAGACUGUUAACAACAGAAUUGUUAGCCUGAAAGCUCCUAUAGAAGAAAAAUUGAAAGAUUUUGUUAAAAUUGCUAGAUGGAAUGACAUCAGUUACUGGGCAGUAAAAGAAACUAUCGAGAAAACCCACAGAACGUUGCACAAAUUUAUUCGGGAAUACGAAUCCAAAUUAAAACAGAAUGUAUCACUGUGCUUAGUGGCAAUGCCAGUAGACUGCAAGGCAGGAAAUAGAUCAGAGAUGUGGGAGAAGCCUGUGAAUAUCGAAUAUUUUAUUAAUCAACAAGACAAAUCUGUUACAAGUACAAUGGCUUUUGAGGAGGAUGACAAACUACUUUUGCAAGGCACACUACUUUCCAAAACAGAGACUCUUUUGAGCAGAGCAAAGAAACUUUGCCGUGAAACUAUUCUAAUGACUUCAUACCCAGCAUUGCGUACAGGCAUUGAACAAUUCAUACAAGAGGUCAUGGACCACAGUUUGCAUUUGAAAAAUAUGGAUAUCGACCGAACGCAACCCAAGCCAAAACAGAAAUCUCAAGCUAAGAGUAUACUUCAGCAGAAGAGAAUGGCCUUGGCUACAUAUUUCAAAGCCCUAACUCUUGUAGGAGUAUCCUAUCGGAUCGGCACUUUAACAUGGAAUAACAAUUUAGACAAAGUCAUGGACCUAUCGGUUCCGCCAUUGAAUAUACGGGCAGCAUUUUUAUCGUUACGUAAAACAAAGGCGGACACAGAGAUGCUUCAAUUGUGGGAAUGCUGUGAUAAGUACUAUUAUAAAUCCUUUGUAAUGAUAGACGCCGUUGAUAGAGCAUUGACAACUAAUAAAAUAGAUCUAGGCCCGCAGAAUGUAGAACGAUGCAGAGGAUUCUCUACUCAUAUCAUGCUGUUAGCCCACGAGCAAAAGCGGAAGUUCACCGAGUCAUUUAAUUACUUUCUCUCACUCAGAUUGCAGCUUGAAAACUUGUCAAAUAUUCAAAAGAAUGAUUUGGAUAUUCCUGAGCAGUGUGAACUUGUUAAAGCUGCGGACAGUCUCAAACAACUGUUAAUAUCAAUGAUGACUUGCUUAGAACAGAUUAAAUUAUACUUGAAAACUUGCCCAAGUGAACCAGAGUUUGGCUCGGAACCAGUAAAACAAGUCAUCACGAUAGAUUCAAUCAAUGUUCCAAUGAUCAAUGCUAAGAAAGGAGACAUUAUCUGGGAAGAUGCAAAUUCCAUAAUAGAAAAAUGUUCCCAGAGAGCGACUGAUAUAAAAAAUAAAUUUGAUUUUGUUUUUCCGUGUGCGAAAGUUCAAUACAAGUUAGAUAAAGACCAAUGUAAACUAACUUACAUUGCAACAUCAGCACAGUUUUCAUUUUUGAAUGAAAGUUGCGAAACUAUUGAGGAAAUUGGAAUUGCCAUCAAAAAUUUAAAGCAGCUCUUUUCCGUAGAACACAAAAAAGAUUGCCAUCCAAUAUUGGAAAAUAUUUCAUGGUUGGAACAGAAAAUGAUAAAUAACAUCAAUCAGUUAAAAGAGUUAAAGAAAGUAACUAAAUUCAAACUGGAAUGUCAUGAUGUCGAGGAUCAUAUCACUGUCAAGAAAUGUCAACAAGAUUUAGAUCUUUUAAUAAACAUUGUUUUAAUUGCGAUACAAAAACUAUAUAAAAAGAAUUUGGCGUUCAACAAAGAAUUCCCAAUGGCAAAAGGCACAUGCACCAAAGACGAAUACCAAGAAAGUAACUUGGAAGAGAAGCAAUUAACUAACAAAUUAAUAGGAUCUUUAAACACUGACAUCCAUGAGCUAUCUCUAGAGACUGUUUUUCGGAGCAUGAACCAACUCUUAACAUUGAUAUCCGGAAGUACUGUGCACACAGCUAUAACUUGUAACAGACUACUGCUGAGAUGGCGGCCGUUGUUGGAACAAUAUCUUUUGUUUGUGGAAUUUUACCUGAAUGAGCAGCUCGCUGCUUUCAGAACAAUUUGCAAGAUGUCGUAUUUGCAGCUUAACGUAUUUCUGGAUUUAGCAACGAAUGGAUUUUGUGUACCAAAGGAUCUUGAUAUGGAUGAAGGAAUGACGGAUGAAUCCCAAGAGAGUGUGGAGAAGGGGGGAAUGGGCCUGGGCGAUGGGGAGGGUGAUAAAGAUGUGUCUGACAGAAUUGAGACGGAAGACCAGCUAGAUGAUGCAAGGCCAGAAAAUGAAGAGAGAGAAGAAAAGGAAGACAAAGAUUGCAAGGAAGAAGAUGCUGGAAUCGAUAUGUCUGAAGACUUUGACAGUAAGCUACAAGAUUUUGAAAAAAAAGACAGUGACGAGAUCGAAGAUAAUGAAAAAGAUGACAAAGAUCUAGAUAAACAGAUGGGCGAGACGGAAAAAGAUGCUGAUUGUCUUGAUGAGAAAAUAUGGGGAGAUGAUGAGAAUGAACAAGAUGGAGAAAAUAAAGAUGACAAGGAUGAAAAUAAAGAUCAAGGCGGUGGAGAGGAAAGCAGUGAGAAGGAAAUUGGCGCUAAGGAAGAUCAAGCCGAAAAUGACCAGGAUACAGACAAUCAGGAGCCGCAAAAAGAAACAAGUGAAGAAGAAAAGAAUGAAAUCAACGAAAUCAAUGACCUAAAUGAAAAUGAUGACCAGAUCAAUCCUUACCAUGGUAAGCACCAGCCAGAUCCUGAACCAGAACCUUUCGAUCUACCAGAGGAUAUGAAUCUAGAUGAUGAAGAUGUUAAAGAGGAUAAACAAGAUAUGGAAGAAAACCCUUUUGAUAUAGAUGCAAUGAAGGAUGUUAUGCCACCACCAGAAACAACAGAGGCAGAAUUGAAUGAAAAUCCUGAAACGGAUAAUAAAAGUGAAGAUCACGACUCCAGCGACGAGGAGGGAGAUAAUCCUGAGGAGAGCGAUCUGGCACUGGAUGCUCAAGAGCCAGAUGAAAAUGAAAAAACAGAAACUGACUUACCAGAUAGUGAUCAACAAGCUGGAAGACCACUGGUGGAUGAAGAGGAAGAAACAGAUGAAAAGAAAAACGAAGAUAAAGAAAAUGAUGAAGAUACAAAGGAAGAUAAUAUAGCAGAGCCAAGCAUGGAUGCAGGAAGCAAGGAAACUGAUGCGGCAGAACAGGUCGAUGCACAUAAAGGAGGAUCGCGAGACAAAGUUGCAGAUACGUGUGAAGUGGAGGAAAAUGCAAAUCCUAUGGAAGAGAAUAGUCAAAUGGAGAAUAAUGACAAAGGCAUUGGCCAAGCUCAUUCCAAAGAACAAGAGCAGGGGCAAUCGGGCUCUUCUAUGCAACAUAGCACACCUGUCGCUGACAAGAAUUUGGAAAAUAUCAAGGCAGAAAAACGAAAGAAUCCCGGAACGAGUGAUGAAAAUCGUAGUUUAGUUGAUAAAAUGGAAUCAGAGUGUAAGAAGUUGAAAACUAUACACAAAAAAGAAGAACAUGUUCCUGACAAUAUGACACAAAAUCCUCCAAUUGAAGAAAGUGAUGAGGCUGAAAUGUAUCAACAUAUUAAGAGUGCAGAUAAAUAUGACAAACACACUCUAGAUGCGGCAACUGAAGAACAGGUAAGAGAACAAGCUUCAAAUAUAGAAAACCAAGAGAUUCCCGAUGAGAAGAAUGAUACAAUGGACGUAGAGAUGCAUGCAGAUGAAGAGCACGAACAUCACAAUGAAAACGAUGUACAAAAUCCAGAAAAGCUUUCCGAUGCAAAUAAAGAUAAAGAAAUAGUCUCAAGAGCUAAAGAAAAAAAACGUGCUGAAGAUGGCCAAAGAGAUAUGAAUAUUGAAGUAGAUGGUGAGACAGCAGAAACAGCAAGGGUUGGUAGAGGCUAUGAAACAAUGUUCCAUACUAACAUCAGAGACUCUGAAGAUAGUAUUCUUCCAUCUAAAGUACUUGAGCAGAAACGGCUCGAAGUUGAAGCGAUGCUAGGUCAAUGGUCCCAAAUGCCACCAACGGAAGAAGCGACAGCUGCGUGGAAUUGUCUUAGCACUUUGACAGACGGACCCGCGAGAGAUUUGAGUGAGAAAUUACGAUUGGUUUUAGAGCCUACUCAGGCAUCGCGAUUAAAAGGAGACUAUAGAACAGGGCGGAGAAUAAACAUGAGAAAAGUCAUUCCGUACAUUGCUAGUCAGUUCAGGAAGGACAAAAUUUGGAUGAGACGUACUAAACUAUCAAAACGUGACUAUCAAAUAGUUUUAGCCGUAGAUGAUUCGAGCAGUAUGGCUGAUAACCACUCAAAGGAGUUAGCGUUUGAGUCUCUUGCGCUGAUUAGCAAAGCUAUGACAUAUUUGGAAGUUGGACAACUAUGCGUCAUGAAUUUUGGCGAAACUACACACGUUCUUCACCCACUAGGAGAAGCCUUCAAUGAACACACUGGCUCUAAAUUAAUACAGCAAAUGAGAUUUGAGCAAAAGAAGACAAUGGUAGGACAAUUGGUGGAUUUCACUGUGGAUAUGUUCUCAAGUCAAGCUAGUUCAACGGACAACGCCAAAUUGUUAGUUGUGCUGUCUGAUGGGCGGGGUAUCUUUUCCGAGGGUGUAGACAAAGUGAACUUUGCUGUUAGAAGAGCAAGGAUGGCCGAUAUAUUUUUGGUUUUUAUUAUCGUUGAUAAUCCCAUAAACAAAGAUUCAAUUCUGGAUAUUCGAAUGCCUGUUUUCCAAGGUGGCAAGUUAGUUAGUAUUCGUUCAUACAUGGACAAUUUUCCAUUCCCAUUCUACAUGAUACUGCGUGACAUAAAUGCAUUGCCAGCUGUCCUCAGCGAUGCCCUUCGACAGUGGUUUGAACUAGUUGGUAAAAUUGAUACGUAGACUGCACAAUUAUGUAGUUGCAACUAUUAUUUAAUUUGUUGUAAAUCUCAUAUUUUUACCACAAAUGAAAGAAGUUGUCAAGCUUCAAUCUCAGUACAUUAUCUACCUAUACAUACGAGGAAAGAAAAAAUAGCGCUAUUAUGUGCUUCCGAAAGAAGGAAAUAAAGAGUCAUUAGUUUUACAGGAAAGAUUGUAUAAAUUCUUCAUUUCUGAAAUACCAA